AUGUUCUGCUGCAUUCAGGUUGGUUGUGGCGCUAUCGGAUGUGAGUUACUGAAAAAUCUCGCUCUCCUUGGCGUUGCCACCUCUACUGGAACUGAAGUUACAUCCGAUUCCAGACAACCGUCUCCUCAUAUUGUACCGAACAGUUGUCCGGCAGCAAAGUCCAUCCAGAACUUGCCGCGCGACCGAGACGUUUCAUCUGCAGGGACUACUGGAGCGUACCGUGAAGCGGCCACCGGGACAGGUGACAUAUCCGCUGCGGUCCAUCUAGUCCCACGACCAGAUGCAGUUGGAGAUGUUUGUAGUGAGGAAUUCGUUCCGUUCACUUCGUCCGCUAGCUCGAUCACUGCACAGACCUCUGUCCAACCGACGCUUAGUGAACCGGUCUCUUCGCCCACUCCCGUCUUCCAGAACCAUUCGUCCGACCGGAAUGACACGGUGGUCUCGUUGAACUCCGAAUUGAAUUCCGUGCAUGAUAGCCGGAGUCCAAGUAGCCCCGGUCACAUCAGCAGUAGCAGCGGUCACGGAAACAAUGCAACACGAACCGCAUGUCCAUUAUCCCCGGAGGAGCAGGAGACUAAUGUCGAUAAAUGUCCCAAUUGCGAAUUAUCGUCCUCACCGAAAUGCAUGAUUGAAUCUGCAGUUGUGAAAAGCUCGCAAGAUCAUGGAGGCACGCGAGCCAUCAUACCACGUCAAGAUGCACUUUCGUCACGACACUCAACUGAAGUGUACUUCCAACAUGAGAGUGAUGUUGCACGAGUUUGA